AUUUAAGUCGUUGGAGUUAAUUCUUAUUACUAGGUAAUCGGCUAACAGUUUAAUAGUUCACAUUAAAAAAAAAAAAAAAAAACACCUAAAAAAUUGCGGAGAAAUCUGUGAGGAGUGGACCCAUAAAGCAAUAAGCCCAAGUCAUUGAGAGUAUCUUGUCUUCUUCACUUUGCGGGGCUCACUGGCGUUGAAUUCCAGCUAUUGUUCAAGGCGAGAACUCAAAGAGAUGAUGGAUCAUAAAUUCGUAAUCUUAACUCUUGAUGUUUCUCCUAAGUUUUUUCUUAAGAUCAUACAGAAUAUGUGCUGACAUUAAUUUUAAUUAGUGACCAAGAAAAAUUGAUAUAUUCCCAUGAAGUAAUAAAUAAUUACACAUUUACAGUAGGGACUUACUAGCAUGUUAUCUGGAGGUGGUUCUUAUUUUAAAAAGUUUAAUUAAAUGUUAACUGAUGCAAAUACAAGACAUCAUGUGGCUGAUUUCUUCAACCUUGCUUUGUUAUAGAAAAAAUGGAUGGAUCAUCUAGCAGAGGCACGCGUGGUGUGGAUAUGAAUUUACCGAAUUAUAGGCUUGGUAAAACUCUUGGCAUUGGUGCCUUUAGUAAGGUCAAAGUUGCUGAGCAUGUACCAACUGGGCAUAAGGUUGCCAUUAAGAUUCUUAACCGUCGCAGGAUUAGGAGCAUGAGAAUGGAAGAAAAGGUUAGCAGAGAAAUGAAAAUCUCGAAGCUGUUCAUGCACCCUCACAUUAUACGAAUUUAUGAAGUGAUAGAGACCUCAACAGAUAUAUAUGUUGUUAUGGAAUAUGUGAAGUCUGGAGAAUUGUUUGAUUACAUUGUAGAGAAGGGUAGAUUGCAGGAAGACGAGGCUCGCAAAAUUUUCCAGCAGAUUAUUUCUGGGGUGGAGCAUUGUCACAGAAAUAUGGUGGUCCAUCGAGACCUUAAGCCUGAGAAUUUGCUUCUAGAUUCUGAACGCAAUGUGAAAAUUGCUGAUUUUGGCUUGAGCAACAUAAUGCAAGAUGGCCAUUUUCUUAAAACAAGCUGCGGCAGCCCAAACUAUGCGGCCCCUGAGGUUAUUUCAGGGAAAUUGUAUGCUGGGCCUGAAAUAGAUGUAUGGAGUUGUGGAGUUAUAUUGUAUGCUCUUCUUUGUGGUACCCUUCCUUUUGAUGAUGAAAACAUACCAAACCUUUACAAGAAAAUUAAGAUUCUGGAAAUCUCUGGGAUUUGUUCCCUUGUCUGUUGCCUUCUCCCAUUCCAUCCAAUGCUUGGUUCUCGAGAGUUAUAUCAUGGCAUGUACACUCUUCCAAGCCAUUUAUCUGCUGGCGCUAGAGAUUUGAUCCCAAGAAUGCUUAUUGUGGACCCAAUGAACAGAAUAACCAUUCCUGAGAUCCAGCAGCAUCAUUGGUUUCGGGUUCAUCUACCACGAUAUUUAGCAGUUCCAUUACCAAACGCCAUGGAACAGGCCAAAAUGAUUGAUGAGGAGAUUCUUCAGGAAGUGGUUAGAAUGGGAUUUGACAGGAGGGAACUUAUAGAAUUUCUUCACAACAGAAUACAGAAUGAGGCAACUGUUGCAUACUACUUGCUACUGGACAAUCGGUCACACGUCUCCACUGGCUAUCUGCAAGAGGAGUUCCAAGAAACCCUGGAACAUGGUUUUAACCAGAUGCAUCCUAGUGAACCUGUUUCUCCUGCCAUUGGACAAGGCCUUCCUGGAUACAUGGAUGUUCAAGUAUCACCACAAUUGGAUUUAAGAGGGCAGUCCCCAAUUGAGAGGAAAUGGAACCUUGGACUUCAGUCUCGAGCCCAUCCACGUGAAAUAAUGACAGAAGUUCUCAAAGCUUUGCAACAAUUGAAUGUGUGUUGGAAGAAGAUGGGGAACUACAGCACAAAAUGUAUGUGGGUUCCUAGCAGCCUGGGUCGCCAUGAAGGGGCAGUUAACUUUCCUGCACACAGCAAUCAUUACUUUGGGGAUGAAUCAAGCAUUAUUGAGAAUGAUGGUGUUACUCAUUCACCAAAUGUUGUCAAGUUUGAAAUGCAGGUAAUGCCUAAUGAUCACCGUUCCAUUUGGUUAGCUUCUCAAAGCAAUGGAAAUUUAACCAAGAAAUUGAAUUCAACAUAAUCUAUGUGAAUGGGAAUAAACAAAACAUUUUUCGAUGUUGUUUGAGAAAUGUAUUUUUGUGGCAUGCGUGAAGUCCAAAUCUAAGUUUUGUUCCUUUAAGUACUUUGUUUUACAAUAGAACUAACCCUCUUUCCAUCUCUUCUUAUAGAAGAUUAUACGCUAUCCUAGAACAUUUAAAACACUUAAGGUUUCUUGGCUUCAAUGCUAAUACAUCUUUCUGUCAUGGCUGUUAACAGCUCUAUAAAACUCGCGAUGAAAAGUAUUUACUGGAUCUCCAGAGAGUUCAAGGACCACAGUUUCUCUUUUUGGACCUUUGUGCUGCAUUCCUUACAAAGCUCCGAGUCAUUUAAAUACGAUGGGCUAUAUUCCAAUAAAAAAAAAAAACUUCCUGUACAUGCAAUCACAUCAUACGAUGUAUAUAACUCAUGUUCCUUCUUGACUUAACUUCAUUCAUCCCUAGUCCGUACCAACCCCCCCCUCCGGCGCCCCGACCCAACCAUUUUAGUUGUGUAAUUAUUGUUUCAAAACAAUGUUAAAAACUAGGGUUGGGGAAGUUGAUGUUGGUCUAGAUUUUGUAAUAACUAGAGCUUGCUUUUUUUCUUUUUUGGGGUAUUUUAAAAGUUAAUUGUUUGAGAUUGUAAAAAUAUGAACCUUUAACCUUAACUCUAAAUUAAAAAUUUUAAGUUUACUUUGUUCAGCUCUUGUUGGUAUUGGUUAGGGCUUUCUUUGUUAUAAUUGUUAUUCUUAUUGUAGAAAUUGAUAUUUUGGGAACUAGUAGUACUGUGGUUAUUGAGAUUCUUGACCGUCAAAAUAACAAUGACAAAUCAAA